AUGAAACCACUCAUUGCUUUCUUGCUUGACAUUUUGAUUGCACUUUCAUUCUUCUCUUGCGUCACCCAGAUGUCACCAACCCUUUCACAACAACCACAAGCAACAGACACGUCUGGCCAUAUCUUUGUGCAUGCAUCCUCAACACCUUUGCAAGCCAUGACAACCGUACAGAAAGACCUAACCAUGUAUCUGAAUUUUAGUUUGGACCUCUCAGACCCAAAUUGUGGCCAAACACCACAGCAACCUUGUUAUUCCAUCCAUCAUGUAUUUGACAUCAUUCAAGACUCUAUCAACACGGAUAUCACUAAUCAAAUUCUUCUUCCAAUCAAUAAUAACACUCUCUACAAUUACAACAUUACGGUGGUCUUGAUGAGAAAUUCAGUACAUGAUGAUAAUUGUUUCAUCUACUUUGGUUUUGAAUAUCCAGAGCUAGAGAAUCGUGUCCAUCUUUCAAUUUCAUUCACAUCAUUUCCCAAUUCAAACAAUGAGAGAUAUGAGAUGACAUGUAAUGCGGACUAUGCAACCUUGUUUUCAUUGAAUGGUUUCAGCAACACGGCAAAGAACUUUAUCAGAGAACUAAACCUCCAUCGAGUUGCUUUUAAUGGAGUUCGGUGGUGUUUCAACAGAAUUGCUCACUCGGUACUUUCCAACAAUGAUUGGACAUGCAUUGAAAAAGUUUCACCUUACAAUUCCAGAUUCAUUCAAGUGAGCGACUCAACUUUGGAAAAUGUUGAAUUUAAAGUCGCCAAAGCUGAUGAUGUUUCUUUUUCGGAUUCAAAGCUUACUGCAUUUGGAUACAUUUCAAAAUCAAAUUCCUUCAUCAUAAGUAAUUGUACCAUGGUACAACCGCUCUCCUCCUCCAAGUACCUGUCGAUUAGCAACACACUAUCCAUGAAACUGUUAAAAAGUACAAUCCACAUAAGACAUGGAAGUUUAAUGGUUCAAAUGAUGGCCGUUCAAAAUUUUGAAAUGCAGCAGUGUGAACUCUUUUUCAACUCUGGAGAAUCUGAUCCAAUGCUGAGGUUGAACAGUUACAUUUUUGACUUAAAGAUUGCACUUUCAGUGACCAUUCGAAAUUUGAACAUUUAUGGAUUUAGAAAUUCCUUAUUUUACUUGUCAUCCAUUGGAAAUGCCAUCAUUGAAAAUGUUUCAUUUUUGAAUGGAAAAAGCUCUGGUGAUGAUCGACCUGUAUUCAAUUUCAAUAUUGUGACCGUGUUGGACAUUACAAAUCUCACAAUGUCAAAUAACAUUGGUGGAUGCAUGAAAAUUAGCAAUUCUCAAUCAAUUACUAUUUUAAAUUCCAACUUUGACAAGAAUGUCAAAAACGGAAAUGGUGCAGUCAUUGAGGCAGAGUGUGAAAAAUUAACUGUUGUCAAUAGCUUCUUUUCAUAUAAUCAGGCAAAUGGAACAGGAGGCGCGAUUUCCAUAACCUCAACCACUGGUAUAUCAGUAACAAAUUCACACUUUAUAGGAAAUUCUGCCAGCAAAUCAGGAGGAGCCAUUGGAAUGACACUUUCUUCAUCAAAUCUCAACAUUGAUCCUCCAACCAAAAUAACCAAUUCCAGUUUCAUUGAAAAUUCAGCAUUGUCAUCCUCACCAGUCACUUGGUGCAAAGGUUUUUAUGAUUGUAUGGGCUCUGGAGGUGCCGUUGCUCUCGCAAGUCGAGUUCCUCAAUUGUUUACAUCCACAUUUAUGAACAACAAAGCGUCUUGGGGUGGUGCCAUGGUUUUUCAAAGUGACAGUAUUCUAGCUUUACCUGUUACACGUGUAACCAAUAAUCAUGCUCAUGUUGCAGGAGGUGCAGUCUUUUUUAUGACGCCCUUGUUGAGCAAAGAUGCAUCUGAUUAUGGAUUGCAUUUGGAAAACAACAUUGGAGCAUUAUAUGGCAAUGACUACGCCUCUUCUAUCUGUAACGUGUCUAGUUUGAUGGUGAGAUUGUACGAUUUAAAGCAAGAAAAUUACAAGCCAUUAGAGAAUCUCCAACAGGUCAUGCAUGUUUAUUUAGGACAAUUAGUGAGUAUUCGGAUUAACAACAUGAAAGACUGCUAUGAACAAAAUAUUCCAAUCUUUAGAGAAACUUUGUCUCUUGUAGUCUCAAAUAUUGAAAAGCACAUUCAAUAUGAAUCCAUGGCACGAGAAAAUGGGACAGACAUUCGGUUUACGCAAGCACAAAACACGUUUCAGAAUGCUAACUUUUCACUCACUGUUUCUCUGAACGUUUGGAAUUUCACAUUUUCAGUUUUGAUCGUUCCAUGCCCAAACGGUUGGGAAUAUAGAGAUGGAAUUUGUAAAGAGCAACUUCCACUUGGAGUCAUUAUUUCCUUUUCAAUUAUUGGUUUUCUAUUGGCAAUAUUGAUUGGAAUCUUUUUCGGAGUGCUCUUUUCAAAAUUAGUCUCCAAGAUGUUCGUUAUUAAGGGAAAGCUUAAAAAGUUAGAAACUAGAGAAAAAGAAGAAAAGAAAAUUGAACAAAAACUACUCAACUCAGAAUUAGGUGAGAUUCAGCUCGAAGAGGAUAUUACAAAAUCAAAUUCAUCAUUCUUGACUACGAAAAGAAAUUUAUCAUCCACCAUAUCCAAGAACUCUACAAAAAGUUCCAGUAGCAGACCUCAAAAUGCUGCUACCUCCAUGUCCUAUAUUAUUCCUGUAGAAGAUUUGGUCGUGAUUAAGAAAAUUGCAGAGGGUGGAUAUGGAACAAUCUAUCUUGCAAGAUGUUGGGGAACUACAGAUGUUGCUGUAAAAUCAUUCCAUCAAAAUGAUGAUACAAUGGACGAUGAAGAGUUUGAGAAAGAAGUAUCUGUCCUUGUCAAUUUAAGAAAUCCAUACAUUGUGACAUUUUAUGGAGUGUGUAUUACUGAAAAUAGAAAAUUCAUGGUUCUUGAAUACAUGCAAAAAGGGAGUUUACAAAAUUUAAUUUACAAUUGUAGAAUUGGAAAAGAAGUUUUGACAUUGAAACUGAAAAUCAAUAUUUUACUCGACAUUUCUUGUGGAAUGAAAUAUUUACAUUCAAUGAAACCAGCAUUGGUCCAUCGUGAUUUGAAACCAGCAAAUAUUUUAAUCAAUGAAAUGGGGCAACACAAAGUGUGUGAUUUUGGAUUGUCAAGAAUGAUCCCUACUAAUUCAUUGCACUCCAUGUUUACAAGUACUGUUGGAACCAUGUAUUACAUGGCCCCUGAAUUAAUUCUUGAACAAGAACACUCUAUUACGAGAGAUCUACUCACGAAAAUUGAUGUUUAUAGUUUUGCAAUCAUUAUGUGGGAAUUGUUCUUUGAAGAGAAUCCAUAUUUGAAUGACAAUGUUAAAAAACUUCAUUGUUUUCCAAAAGCAGAAAAAACCAAUAUAACACCUCUCACGAUAUUUGUUCACAUUGCAAAGGAGGAACUUCGACCAAUCAUUCCUUUCAACAACCGAGAGGAAUUAUCUCAAUGGAGUGACAUGUAUUUACAAACUCAAAACAAUGUUGUUGAUAAGAAUUUGCUUUUAGAAACUGUUGAAAAGUAUAUAGAAUUGAUGAAACAAUGCUGGGCACAUCAUCCCAGUGAACGACCUUCGUUUGAACAAAUUUUCGUUCAACUUUCAAAUCUCAAGAAUACGUUAUAA